UGUGGUAUACGUGGCCUGUAGGGGGCGCUACCUCGCGGUGGUAACAUGACUGGGCACAUGUUAUCAAAGUAAAAGAAGAACAAGCUGCCAUAUUGCAGUGAUACAGCGAGUUCAUCCUAUCAGUUUUUGAAAUAAGUUUCAGGCAGAAUAUAAACCAUGAUUUCUGCGCAAAGUUUUGGGGAAAAUGGGAAGAUGAAGGAUUAUCAUCAUACCGGGCCGGUAGAAUACCGGUUUUCGCCUUAUACUUUCAAUGGAGGCACUGUGCUUGCUGUAGCCGGGGAAGACUUUGCCAUCGUAGCCUCAGACACUCGUCUCAGCGAAGGCUAUUCAAUCCACAGUCGUGACUCGCCGAAAUGCUACAAGCUAACCGACACCACUGUCAUUGGCUGCAGUGGUUUCCAUGGUGACUGCUUGACACUGACUAAGAUUAUUGACGCUCGGCUAAAGAUGUACAAGCACUCCAACAAUAAGAUGAUGACCAGCGGGGCCAUAGCCGCCAUGCUCUCCACCAUCUUGUACGGCAGGCGGUUCUUCCCUUACUAUGUCUACAACAUCAUCGGAGGACUGGAUGAACACGGAAAAGGAGCGGUGUACAGCUUUGACCCAGUGGGCUCCUACCAGAGAGACACCUACAAGGCUGGAGGAUCAGCAAGCGCCAUGCUGCAACCGCUGCUGGACAACCAGAUUGGCUUCAAGAACAUGACUGGUGUGGAGCACGUGCCUCUAUCCAAGGAUAAGGCCGUCCAGCUGGUCAAAGACGUCUUCAUCUCGGCAGCAGAGAGGGACGUGUACACCGGGGACGCUCUUCAGAUCUGUCUCAUCACCAAGGAGGGUGUGAAGGAGGAGAUGGUCACACUCAGGCGGGAUUGAGUUCCCUCGGUCUUCUCUACAAUCUCACUUUCCAUCACCCUUUUACCGUUUUGUUCAUUAUACAUUCAGUCCCUUGGAAUAAGAGUGCUGAACUCAAGGGUUUGCUUAUCUAAACAAAAAAUUUCUGGGUUCUUUGUCUCCGUCACGUUGGUGUCGUUGAGGUCAAGUGGUUUUAUUUAGUAGCCCUACAUCAGCCCUGCUAUUCUGAAGAGUGCCCUUUCCCGUCCCCCCGGGGAAAGUCGCUUGCCUCUUUUCUCCUCCUUGGGGAAAACCACAACCCGAAAACCAUCCACGUCUGGAUUCUGCUUGUCUUUAUUUCACGCCAAUAUUUUUACGAUCUUGUAGAAUAAAAUGUGCUGAAUUUG